AUGGGGCAAGUGAACAAUGUGACGGAAUUCAUUUUGCUUGGCCUGACAGAGAACCCAAAUGUUGAGAAAUUCUUGUUUGCGGUGUUUACAAUCAUCUACCUGUUCACCCUGGCAGGCAAUCUACUCAUUGUAGUGACCAUCACCACCAGUCCAACCCUGGGAACCCCCAUGUAUUUUUUUCUGUCUUUCCUGUCUUUCAUAGAUGGCAUCUUUUCUUCUACCAUGGCCCCCAAAUUGAUUAUUGACUUACUAGCCAAAAAGAAAACAAUCUCCUUCAGUGGAUGCAUGACUCAACUCUUUGCAGAACAUUUCUUUGGAGGAAUUGAGAUCAUUCUACUCACAGCGAUGGCCUAUGACCGCUAUGUGGCCAUCUGCAAACCUCUGCACUACAUGACCACAAUGAACCGGAAAGUAUGUGGCCUUCUGGUGGCCCUGGCCUGGGUUGGGGGCCUUCUUCAUGGUCUGAUUCAAGUUCUUCUUAUAGUUUGGUUGCCCUUCUGUGGUCCCAAUGUUAUUGACCAUUAUUUCUGUGACCUUAUUCCUUUGCUGAAACUCACUUGCACUGACACCCACAUCUUUGGACUCCUUGUUACUGCCAACAGUGGGGUGAUGUGUAUUAUCAUUUUCUCUAUUCUCAUUAGUUCCUAUGUCCUCAUUCUUUGCUCCUUAAGAACUCACAGCUCUGAAGGACAGAGAAAGGCUCUUUCCACAUGCGCCUCCCAUAUUACUGUAGUCAUAUUAUUCUUUUUACCUUGUAUGUUUGUGUAUGUUCGACCCAUAGUCACCUUCCCCAUUGAUAAGAUUGUGUCCGUGUUUUUUACUAUGGGCACUCCCAUGUUAAACCCUUUAAUCUACACCCUCAGAAAUUCAGAGGUGAAAACUGCAAUGAGGAAACUCUGGAGCCACAGAAUGUUCUAA